CCUCCCUCCCAAAAGAAUCGCCAACACUCCCUCGAUUUUCUCUCCAUCUCUGUUUCCGAUUCCCAACAAAUUCAGGUUCUCUCAUUAUCCUUUUCCUGUAAAUAUAUACGUAUAUAAUCUAUAUCAAUAUAUACACACACCUGAUUUCGAUCUUUAAGCUCGUUAUUCAGCUGCAAAUUCCUAAACUCACCGCUGAAUUCUCUGCAUAUCGUUCUUCCUAUUGAGGUUUAUUUUCACCAGGAGUUGUUUCUUGUGUUCAUUUAUCGAUUAGGGUUUCUGCGAUCGUCACGACUUUGGGAAUUUUUUUUAUUCUAGGUUUAAAAAAAUUGGGUAUUUAGUGAAGUUCGGAUCUUUGUUUUGGAAGCCUGUUUCCCUUUAUCAUGCUUUUCCCCCUUUUUGCGACUGUCCAGAAUAAUUGAUACAGUUUUUUCCACAAAAGAUAUUCCUUUCGUUUUUGUGGGAAUCGAACCUUUUAAGUUAGGGUUUUUGUUGAUUCCACAAUUAUUGAAGGUGGUGGUAGUUUGUUGUUAUAAUACAAUCUGAAUAUUUGUAUCGAAUUUGACUGAAUUAUCGAAUUUGAUCGUGAUUUAGGGUUUUCUUUGUGUUCUUAAACGGAAUUCAAUCUAGUUGGAAGAGAUGAUUGAAUCAAUUUCUUCAACUUCCCUUUUAGGGCAUAGUUUGAUUUUAAGGCAUAACUUGAGAAAUGUUUCUGGUAAACAAAUUGUGGUUAAGCCGUGUUGUUUUCGGCGAUUUCGGGCGAUUAAGGCCCAAGCAAUGGAGCUGGCGAAGGAAUCGAAUUUGUACAGAGAAAAAGAGCGAUUUCCGCGGAGUUUCGAUACUGAUUUGGAUCAAAAACCGGGGUUGUGGCCACCGAAGAACAAGGCCGAUAAUCCAUCGUUACAGAACCCGUUGGUUCGACAAGAAAGAAUGGGUUGUGGUUGGUUAGGGGCGAUAUUCGAGUGGGAAGGCGUAUUGAUCGAAGAUAACCCUGAUCUCGAGAAGCAAUCGUGGCUUGCGCUUUCUCAAGAAGAAGGCAAAUCUCCACCUCCAGCUUUCGUUCUUCGAAGAAUCGAAGGUAUGAAGAACGAGCAAGCGAUUUCCGAAGUUUUAUGUUGGUCAAGAGAUCCGUCUCAGUUAAAGCGAAUGUCUUCACGAAAAGAAGAGAUUUACCAAGCUUUACAAGGUGGGAUUUACCGAUUUCGCGAUGGUUCUCGGGAAUUCGUGAACGUUUUAACCCGUUACAAGAUUCCAAUGGCGUUGGUCUCGACUCGCCCACGAAAGAAUAUUGAAGAAGCCAUUGGUGGCAUUGGGAUCGAAGAAGGGGUUUUCAACGCUGUAGUGACGGCCGAAGAUGUUUACAGAGGGAAACCCGAUCCCGAGAUGUUUGUUUACGCAGCGCAGUUAUUGAAGUUCAUACCCGAAAGAUGUAUCGUGUUCGGGAAUUCGAAUCUAACGGUCGAAGCGGCUCAUGAUGCGAAAAUGAAGUGUGUGGCUGUGGCUAGCAAACAUCCUGUUUAUGAACUAACUGCUGCUGAUUUGGUGGUAAGAUGGCUUGAUGAGCUUUCAGUAGUUGAUUUGAAGAAUCUUGCUGAUAUUGAAUCGGGUGAAUUUGGGUCAACGCCGGAGUUGGAAAUGGAGGUCGAGGAAGAUGAUCCACGCCCACCGCCACCGGCGGCCAUUGAUGAUGGUUUCUGGUGAUUUAUGAAGCUCUGUGUAUAGUAGUUUAUGGCUGAAUCUAAAAUGGCUACCCAUUGUAUAAAUAUGAAGGUAGGGAGGGGGGGAGCUGAAUUUAGAAAGAAAAGAGAUGGAAAUGGUGAUGUUGGUGGAUUACCAUAUUUAGGAUGGUGUAUCAUGUAUGUGUCAUUUAUGUUACAUGGGUCUGUUAUAUAUGUAUACAAAACUGUUUGUGAUUCAUAUGGUUUCUUGUGGUUUCUGCAGUUUCA